GCAAAAACCACGACCAUGGCCGCAACUAUUUCACGUACAACCGCUGCUACGCUCCUGAGUAAUGUCCAGCGCGGUUUAUCGCCCAUUGAGCUCCUCUAUACCCCCAAUGAUCGCUGGCCAUUACCCCGCAAAUUCCGCCCCCACCACUUGCACCUCUCCAUAUCCAUACUUGACUCGUCGUUCAACCCGCCGACAAAGGCUCACCUAGCACUAGCCAAAGUACCACGACACGACCCCACCGGCCACGCCUAUGAUGCCAAAAUCUUCCUCUUGUCCGUCCGAAACGCCGACAAGUCAUUGAAACCCACCGACGCGACGUACAUCCAGCGACUCGAAAUGAUGCUGCUGUUAGCCCAGGAAACCGUUCGGAAGGGCCAUAGACAUCCCAUCGCGGUUGCUGUCAUUGACGAGCCUACUUUUGCGGGCAAAGCGAGCAAAUUACGCGCUUUUCUCGAGGAACGCGUCGUGAAUCUGGGUAUCCAGCGCCCCGAACUGAAUUUCCUCAUGGGGUUUGACACCUUAGAGCGUCUUUUCGCACCGCGGUACUAUGGAGACUCGCCGGAGGACCCAGAAGCGGAAGCAAAGAUGUUUAAGGCUCUGGACAAAUUCUUUUCGGAAGAGCAGGACAAUGCACGGGUGGUUUAUGCCCGCAGAGGUGGCUCCCCGAACGAGGAGGCUACUCUAGCCCUUGCGGACCGAUUUAUUCAGCAAAAACGUGUCGAAUUGGUGGAGCUUGACGAGGAUGUCGAUACCACCAGCUCUACGCGGGUGAGGGAAGCAAUCCGAGAACGUAAGAGCUGGGCGCCUCUCGUUCCUCCUAGUAUACUUCAGUAUCUCAAAAACGAGAAAUUAUAUACCUGGCCAUAG